AUGAAAGCAGUAUGCGCCCUGUCGGCGUGGCAUUUGUGCCGCCAAGGCAAGUUUGACGAAGGGCAGUCAAACGCACUCUACCAGCAAUGCCUCACAGAUCUCAUCGCCCUCACGGCUGAUCCGCGGGUCGAUGCCGACGAUUCGGUCUUGGCUGCGGCUGUUCUGCUCCAUGUUCUUGAAGAACUCCAAGAAUCCAGAGGUCACAUCACUGGCUUUCGUGGCUUUAUUCGCCCCGAGGAUCUGGAGCAUGCUCCGACCAGCUCCUUCCGACUGGCUGCAUACCGAGCAAUGCUCAGGUCGGAGCUGCAUGUCUCGUUCGUCAAUCAACAACCUUUAACCCUGCCAGCGGAGGUAUGCAACGUCGACCGCACUUUCGAUCCGGCACCGGACGAGAUAUGGGCCUGGCGCAUCAUCAUGCACUAUCGAGAUUGCCUGGCGUAUUCCGUCGAUCCGACACUGGGGGACAAGUAUUUCCAAUUGUGUCAAUACCUUGAUGCCUGGGCAGAAGCGAGACCUGGUUCCUUUCUGCCGAUACUGGAGGAAUCUCCGAGUAUUGAUGGCGGCAUGCAUCUUCCUGAGAUUUGGUACAUGAACGACUGCCAUGUGAUUGGCAUGAUUCACUUCUACCUUUGCCGUAUCGUCCUAGCCGUCAACAACCCCAGAAGUCCAACGAUUGGAUUGAGACGGCGGUCAGCGAUAGAGAAGACCGAUACUGAGGUCAGAGACUGCGUCCUAAGGAUAUGUGGAAUUGCCACAUCAAACGAAUCUUUGCCUUCUGGUCUGAUCGCGGCGAGUAUGAUUAUUACCAUGUGUGCCGAAAGAUUCACCGACCUUGCAACGCAGUCGGCACUCGAGCAUGUCUUGGUGCUGACACGCGAGUUGCAUGCCUGGCCAACUGAGGCUGCGCAGUCGUACGUUCGAUGCGUCUGGUACGGGCAACAUUAG